AUGGAUAGCGGAGACGGCAAGAAUCACACGAACCCGAACACGCAACCAAGUCAACCUGCACCAUCCUCAAAACGCGCCAGUCUCCGUCUGGCCAAUCUCAACCCACCAAGUGCCCCCACAUCCAACUCCCUCGACUCGUCUUUGAAAAAGAAUACCGCGUUCAUCAAACGACUCAAGACCGGCUUACAUACUAACGAAAACGUACAAAUCCUGAUCAAAGAAACUGGAACAUUAAGCUUGGAUAAGUAUCUCUCUGAGAUCUCGAUCGCUCUAAACGAGGGCCUGGCGAAAUGUAAAAGUGCCGCGGAAAUUUGGGGCGCCAUCGAGGUUAUCUCCACUUUGCACCAACGUUUCUCGUCCAGUUUCACAGAGCUAUUCAUCCAACAAUUUCUUGGCGGUCUUGCACUACCCAGUAAACAAUACUUGGCAGGAUUGGCUACCGACCAGAGAGAACGCGAGGAAAAUAGCAGAAUCAUCCGUCAACGAAGUUUGUUGCGUUGUCUAGCUGAAUUCGACCUCGUGGGAUUAGUGCGCGGUGUGUCUAAACAAGGGAGCUCAAAUGUCGACGAUGGGGAAACUACUUUUGGAGUGCUCAAAGACCUGCUAACCGCUAACAAGGAGGCUCUGCUCAUCCCACUACCGCUGGCCGUCUCAUUCUCAAAACAAUUUGGAUCGUUGUAUCUCCCUACUGCUAUAUCAUCUGGCACAUCGGCCGGACCCACGCCAUCUGAAGCUAACAUUCUCAACGACUCAAAUGUCACCGAUGACAUGAUAAUUAAACCGGCCACCAAAGAAAAAUUCAAAAAACUUUUGGGUCAAUAUUUUGAUGCGCUCAGUCGCAAAGCAGUCUCGGAUCAUGUGAAACUCCAAGAGCUGGAAAAAAAGAACUGUGAAGCAGCAAUCCGAUCUGGGCAAAUUUUUGAUGAUCGAGUUCAAACCUUCGAAAAGUUGACAAAAGAACAGGAAAAGCUAUGGAAUGGAAUUUUAAGUUUGGCCGAAACAUUAUCGCUAUCCCCACCCACGCUGCCUGGACCUGAUGCCACAUCUACCACAAACGCUAUCACAGGAACAGGGUUGUCUUCUAACUUUGGGGCCGGUGCCUCUGAGUUAGGUAUUUGGUCAGACGAGGAAGAAAAGAAAUUUUAUGAAGACCUGCUCGAUUUGAAGGACGAAGUGCCGACAAUGUUGUUAGGUAUAAGCGCCGAUGCUAAGAAGGAAACCGAAAUCAAAGCAGACCAAGACGGUGGGGAUAAUGAACAGAGUAACGCACAAACUAAACUCGAAGAGGAAAUGGAAAAACUCGAGAUGAAAGACUUGACCACGGCGUCUGAUUUGCCUGAACAACAAGGGGAGCUCAAGGAAGCAGAGCCUGACGAAACGAAACAGGGCUCAUCCUCAUUGGCACCUACGACUGAGCCAUCUUCCGCUCCCGACACUUUGGCAUCUGGUCCUGCAGCCAGGCUAACCGCUUUGUUCACGCGAUUAGACCAAGUAUACAACUCGGACGCACUCGAUAAGAUUGCCGUUGAGUUUGCAUAUCUCAAUUCGAAGGCUGCCCGCAAUAGGUUAAUUAAACACCUAAGUGGGGUGAACAAAAAUCGAACCGAUCUGAUUCCACAUUAUGCACGAAUGCUUGCGAUUUUAUCCAACUAUAUGCCUGAUGUAUUGACUGGAAUAUUGGCAAAUGUUCAUGAUGAGUUUAGAUAUCUCCAAAGGAAGCGAAAGUUUGUCGCUCAAGAGUUGCAUGCCAUCAGAACCAAGAAUAUACGCUGGAUUUCAGAGCUUACAAAGUUUAAUCUUGUACCCUCGCACCUUAUCCUGCACAUCAUCAAAGUUUGCAUUGACGAUCUACACGGCACCAAUGUAGAAAACCUUUGCGACGUUUUGGAGGGAUGUGGUAGAUGGGUGUUGAACAAUACAGAGAGCAGAGAGAAAAUGACUCAACUGUUAGAUCAAAUGAAAAGGAAAAAGGCCUCACAAAAUCUCGAUUCCCGACAGAUAAUGUUGUUGGAAAAUGCGUAUUUCCAGUGUAAUCCCCCCGAUCGACCUGUUAUUGAACCGAAACAUCGUACACCGAUGGAGCUUUUCAUUCGACACCAACUUUAUGAUUGCCUUUGUAAAAAAUCGGUCGAUCGAACCAUCAAAAUCUUGCGAAAGCUACACUGGAAUGAUCCUGAGGUCGUCAAGCUGUUGAGAAACAUCCUGACAAAAGUUUGGAAGGUCAAAUUUGGAAACAUUUACUUGCUUGCCAUUAUUGUGUACGAUCUAUCUCGGUUUCACGCCGAUUUUACUGUCUCAAUCGUAGAUCAAGUUCUCGAGAACAUCCGCUACAGUAUGGAGGUCAAUAUUUUCAAACACAAUCAGCAACGAAUCGCGACCAUUAAAUAUUUAGGUGAACUAUACAACUACCGGGUCAUUGAUUCGAGGGUGAUCUUCGACACUCUGUGGUCUUUUGUGACCUUCGGUCACCUCGACGGGAGACCUUGGCCGGAUGUGGUUUCUCCCAUCGAUGCCCCUGACGAUUUCUUUCGAGUCCGAAUGGUUUGCACUCUGUUGAACACUUGUGGUCAUUGUUUUGAUCGCGGCAGCUUAAAGCGUCGUCUCAACAACUUCUUGAAAUUCUUUAUUAUGUAUUUACGUUGUAAAGAACCCACUCCGAUGGACAUCGAUUUCUUGCUACAGGAUACUUUCGAAGAGCUAAGACCGAAGCUAAAUAUCUACUUGACGUAUGACGAAGCAUCCAAGGCGGUCCAGGAGAUGUUUUCUUCCAUAUCUGAUCGAGGAGAAAAAGUUGACGAUGAUGAGAUGCAAGAGGAUGAGGAACGCGGAGCAGCGGAUGAUAAGAAAUCUGAACCGGAAGAUAAUGAGGGUGUAGUGAGUCAGAUAAAGUAUUCCCUGCGGUAUCCAGGUCAAACUAAUGCGAACUUCGAGGAGGAGGAUCUACCUCGAUUCCCUAGUUCUGUAGCAACAGCAGAAGAAGAGGAAGAGUUUGAAAAAGAGCUGGCGCAGAUGAUCGCCGAAACUAGCAAUGCCAGCACUCAGGCAGAAUCCAAUGGCCCCGGAGCUCGAAAAGUAGAUCGAAAUCCAAUGGCUGGAAGUUUGUUCUCUGACAAAGGCCUACCGAUUCUCAAGACUUCAAUCCAGCCUUCUUCCAAGCAAGACCCACUCGCCAAUCAAUGCGAGGCGAUGACAUUUACGAUGUUGACCAAGAAGGGCAACAAACAACAGUUAAAGACAAUGCAAAUUCCAUCCAACUCAUCGAUUGCUGUCCAUACUCGCGCUCAACAAAUGCACAGUCAAGUCGAGCACCAGCAGCUGAAGAAGUUGGUCUUGGAUUACGAGAUGAGAGAAGAGGCCAACGAGCGGAAGAACUUGGCUGCGGAAAUGGCCAGGAAAGGGGUCAACGUAAAGUUCCUCAACGAGUAA